CGGAGGAGGCGGAGGCGGUGCCGCUGGAGCAGCGGCCUCGGGAGCAGCAUGGCGGCGGCCCCCGGGCCUCCCCCGCCGCCUCCCCGGCCCCCGGCGGCCCCGCAGGCCCCGGGAGCGCCCGGCCCUGGCCCCGGCCCCGGCCCCGCGGGCCCCGAUGACUCGUCAGACAGCGAGCCCGAGCCCGAGCCGGGCGCUCCGCAGAAGCUGCUGCGCAAGGUGUCCACGUCCGGCCAGAUCCGGCACAAGACCAUCAUCCGAGAAGGGAUGCUGAUGAAGCAGACGAGCUCCUUCCAGCGCUGGAAGAGGAGAUACUUCAAGCUCCGGGGCCGGACCCUGUACUACGCCAAGACGGCCAAGUCAAUCAUUUUCGAUGAAGUGGACCUAACAGACGCGAGCGUGGCCGAAUCCAGCACCAAAAACGUUAACAACAGUUUCACGGUCAUCACCCCGUGUCGGAAGCUCAUCCUGUGUGCCGAUAACCGCAAGGAGAUGGAGGACUGGAUCGCCACCCUGAAGACCGUGCAGAGCCGAGAGCACUUUGAGUCCGCCCAGUACAGCAUGGACCACUUCUCGGGCAUGCACAACUGGUACGCCUGCUCCCACGCGCGGCCCACCUACUGCAACGUGUGCCGGGAGGCGCUGUCCGGGGUCACGUCCCACGGGCUCUCUUGUGAAGUGUGCAAGUUCAAGGCCCACAAGCGCUGCGCCGUUCGGGCGACCAACAACUGCAAGUGGACGACGCUGGCUUCCAUCGGGAAGGACAUCCGGGAGGACGAGGACGGGAUCUCGAUGCCCCACCAGUGGCUGGAGGGCAACCUGCCGGUGAGCGCCAAGUGCACGGUGUGCGAGAAGACGUGCGGCAGCGUCCUCCGGCUGCAGGACUGGCGCUGCCUCUGGUGCAAGGCCAUGGUGCACACGUCCUGCAAGGAGUCCCUGCUGGCCAAGUGCCCCCUGGGCCUGUGCAAGGUGUCCGUCAUCCCCCCGACCGCGCUGAACAGCAUCGACUCUGACGGCUUCUGGAAGGCCACGUGUCCCCCGUCAUGCACGAGCCCGUUGCUGGUCUUCGUCAACUCCAAAAGCGGAGACAACCAGGGAGUGAAGUUUCUCAGACGAUUCAAACAGCUGCUGAACCCGGCCCAGGUCUUUGACCUCAUGAACGGAGGACCCCACCUCGGUUUGCGUCUGUUCCAGAAGUUCGACACGUUCCGGAUCCUGGUGUGCGGCGGGGACGGCAGCGUGGGCUGGGUGCUGUCCGAGAUCGACAGCCUCAGCCUGCACAAGCAGUGCCAGCUGGGCGUGCUGCCCCUCGGGACGGGAAACGACCUGGCCCGGGUGCUGGGCUGGGGCUCGGCCUGCGACGACGACGCUCAGCUGCCGCAGAUCCUGGAGAAGCUGGAGAGAGCCAGCACCAAGAUGCUGGACCGGUGGAGCAUCAUGGUGUAUGAAACCAAACUGCCUCGCCAGCCGUCGUCCUCCAUGGCAGCCGAAGACUUCAGUGAGGACUCGGAGGUCCAGCAGAUUCUCUUCUACGAAGACUCGGUGGCUGCUCACCUGUCCAAAAUCCUGACCUCAGACCAGCACUCCGUGGUCAUCUCCUCGGCCAAGGUGCUCUGUGAGACUGUCAAGGACUUUGUGGCCCGAGUGGGGAAGGCGUACGAGAAGGCCACCGAGAGCUCGGAGGAGUCGGAGGUCAUGGCCAGGAAGUGCUCCGUGCUCAAGGAGAAGCUGGACUCUCUCCUGAAGACGCUCAACGACGAGUCCCAGGCUUCCUCUUCCCUGCCCAACCCUCCGCCCACCAUUGCCGAAGAGAUGGAGGACGGUGCCGGCGGGGUCUGCGCCUCCGCCACGGAGCGCCCCAUCGGCUCGGCCUGCCCGGCCCGGCCCCAGAUCUUCCGGCCUCGGGAGCAGCUCAUGCUCAGAGCCAACAGCCUGAAGAAAGCCAUCCGACAGAUCAUAGAACACGCAGAGAAAGCGGUCGACGAGCAGAACGCCCAGACCCAGGAGCAGGAAGGCUUCCUCUUGGGGCUCUCCGUGACUGACGAAGGCACCGAGCCGAAGGCAGAGGACAAAGUCUCCCUGCAGUCGUCUCACGGCGGGAACGGCAGCGUGUCCCGAGGGAGAAGCCACCGCAAAGUACCCAAAUCCCCUUGUGAAAAGCUCAUCAACAAAGGAGGCUUGUCGCUGGGCAGCUCCGCGUCUCUUCCCCCCCAGACAGGAAACCGGGACAGCUUGCCGAUGCUGAACACCAAGAUCCUGUACCCAAAUAUUCGGGCUGGGAUGUCCAGUUCCUUACCUGGUGGUUCAGUCAUCAGUCGUUUGCUAAUCAAUGCAGAUCCCUUUAACACUGAGCCAGAAAAUUUAGAAUGUUACACCGAGAAGUGUGUCAUGAAUAACUACUUUGGAAUUGGGCUUGAUGCCAAGAUCUCCCUGGAUUUCAAUAACAAGCGUGAUGAGCACCCAGAGAAAUGCAGGAGCCGUACCAAGAACAUGAUGUGGUACGGGGUUCUGGGGACGAAGGAGCUGUUGCAUCGCACCUACAAGAACUUGGAGCAGAAGGUCUUGCUGGAGUGUGACGGGCGUCCCAUCCCACUGCCCAGCCUCCAGGGCAUCGCCGUCCUCAACAUCCCCAGCUACGCCGGAGGCACCAACUUCUGGGGAGGCACCAAGGAGGAUGACACGUUCACAGCCCCGUCCUUCGACGACAAGGUCCUGGAAGUGGUGGCCGUCUUCGGCAGCAUGCAGAUGGCCGUCUCGCGCGUCAUCAACUUGCAGCAUCACCGGAUCGCGCAGUGUCGGACUGUGAAGAUCACCAUCCUGGGGGAUGAGGGCGUCCCUGUGCAGGUGGACGGAGAAGCCUGGGUCCAGCCACCCGGCUACAUCCAGAUUGUCCACAAGAACCGGGCCCAGACUCUGACCAGGGAUCGGGCCUUUGAAAGCACCCUCAAAUCCUGGGAAGAUAAGCAGAAAUGUGAGCUGUUGCGCCCGCCUUCCUUCUCCCUCCACCCAGAGAUCAUGUCUGAGGAGGAGUCCACGCAGAUGCACCAGUUUGGCCAGGCGGCUGGAGCCCUCAUCCAUAGCAUCCGUGAAAUAGCCCAGUCGUGCCAGGACAUCGAGCAGGAGCUGGCCCACGCCGUCAAUGCCAGCUCCAAGUCACUCAACAGAGUCUACGGGAAAUCCAAACCCAGCGAGGGCCUCAACUGCACCUUCGUCCUGGAGAUGGUGAACAACAUCCGGGCCCUCCACAACGAGACGGAGCUGCUGCUGGCGGGCAAGAUGGCCUUGCAGCUUGAGCCAGCCCACAAGGAGCAGCUGGGGGCAGCCCUGGCGGACACGGACCUCCAGCUGAGGAAGCUGGCCGACAUCCCCUGGCUGUGGCAGCUCAUGGAGCCCAGCGACGACGAGAACCCGACGACGCUGGAGUUCUCCAAACGCGGCCGCAGCGGCAAGUUCCGCCUCGUGACCAAAUUCAAGAAGGAAAAGAGCAGCAAGAACAAGGAGCUGCGCGGCGGCGGCCUCCCUGGCUCAGACCCCCUAGACGGCUCCCUGGGUGUGCUGUGGCGGGGGAAGCCCCUCCCGAGCUUCCUGCCCCGUGUGCCCAGGUUGGGGGGAGAGGAGGUGACCUCGGCCCCCUCGGACAUCCGAGUGCCGGGCCCCAGGCCGCCUCACCUCUGGGGCACGGAGGAGGUCGCGGCCUGGCUUGAGCACCUCAGUCUUUGUGAGUAUAAAGAGAUCUUCGUCCGCCACGACAUCCGGGGCCCCGAGCUCCUGCAGCUCGAGCGGAGAGACCUCAAGGAUCUCGGGGUGACCAAAGUGGGCCACAUGAAGAGGAUCCUCCACGGAAUCCGGGAGCUGAGCCGGAGCGUCCCCGCCAACGAGGCCUGAGCGGCGUCUUCACGGCCUGCGCCUGCCCCUCCUCUCCCAGCUGAGGCGCCGGCUCACGCCUUGGUGCUAGUCUUCCGCGUGGCCACAGCCCGUGGGAGGACCCCCUGAGCCGGGCCCGGGCGGCCUCGUCACCACAGCAACACAGCUACCUUCAGCCCGCGGCCCCCUCCGGCCCCGUCUUACAGGCCACAAGCCUCGGCCCGAUGCCUGAAGGGGCCUCGCUUCGCCGGCGGGAUGUCCAGAGCUCCUCGGAGCCUCCUCGGAGCCUCCCUUCCUCCUGCCCCCCCCCCCCCCGCAUGUUUCUGGAGAAGGCUCGAAGGAGACCGUCAGGGAGCCCCCAUGAAGGUGUAUCCGGUGAAGUGAACGAGGGAACCCCCUCCCCCCCGCCCGCCCCCUCAGGAGGGCGAAAGGCCUCCGUCUUCGUCACCUUGACCGUUGCUGUAAGGAGGCUUGUUCCAGGGGCAAGAAGAGGGGGGUGUCGGUGCCUCCAUCCGCCUCCUCCCCACUGGACCUCGCUCUUAGGAGGGCCGCAGAGCUUGAGAGCCAGCAGCCGUCCCCCCCGGAGUUGUGCUCGGUGCUGGACAUCCAGAGCCCUGGCGGGCCCCAGAGCCGGAGAGGAGGCCGUUCCCGGUCACGGAUCCCCAGGAAUGAGGCCACUGCAGCCAUCGCAGAAGGGCCGCCGGAGAGGGCCGGAGUCACGACCCCGAGAGACGCCCCCGGCCGGGGCCCCUCCGGGAGGCCAUCUGAGGACAACCACGCGGCCUCUCUCGGGAUCCUGGUUCUGAGGGCAGACGGGGGGUGGGGAGACGCGCACGAGAGACCCGUUUGUUCCAUUGGCAGUGAGCAGAAAGGUUCGGUUCGGUUCACAAAGCCCAGCUGAAGUAAGAGCCCCCGCUUGACACCAGCCCUCUCAUUUUACAGAGCAGGAAACUGAGGCCCAGAGGCCUUUCACGGCCGGCUGCCCGAGGUCUGGGAACCGCUGGCUGGUACAGAAGGAAGCCGAGAGCAUCUCUCGGGCCUCGGGGCCUGCCAGCAUCCCUUCUGCCUUGGCUUGCUCUGAGCACGAGACCCUGCCAUUCGGGGGGAUCCCUCUUCCGAAGAGGCUCUUUGCCAGGCUCAGUUUCCCCAGAGAUGCCGACCUCCUCUUCCAAGCGAGCGGCAGGGAGCGCCCGGGGUGCCCACCGCCGCUCGGCGGGCCUCGGCAUCCCCCCGGUGCUAGAGGUCUCCGGCCCGGCCACGAGGAGCCGUGACGGGCUCGGCCCGCAGAGAGGGCAGCGGCGGCAGGACCCCAACCCCCUCCCUCUCUCCACACUGCCCGCUGGCCUGGCAUCGUGAGCCCGGCAUUCUCGGGCCUCUGCGGGCACCCGGCAGCCACAAGUUACCAAAUCCGGGCGUCGAAGAUUCGGCCAAGUGACUAACAAAAGCUGUGGGAAAUGUCAGAUUUCACUCGAGACGGCUAUUCUGGAGGCUCCCGGGAGUGUGGCGAUGACAGGCCUGCUGCCCCGCCAAGGGCUCGGAGCGUCCUGCCCUCUUUGCCCGAGAAUUCGCCACCGGUGCCCCCGGACCUCUGGCUCUCCUGUGAUUUAUGCCGGGGGGGGAGGGGUACUCACACUGCCCACCCCCGGGAUGGUCUGAAGAAACACUUUCAGUGAGCCUCAUUGGCCCCAAAGUAGAAUUGAAAUGGUAAACGUCCCCCGACACAAGUUUUCUGGAAAAUGGCUCUUAGAUAAAUUAAGACAGAACUUGGAAACGCAACCAAAAAGCAAGGCAGUGCUGUGACUCCCUCCUGGGGUCCAGAUCCUGCCCCCAGACUCUGCUCACCAGCCGUGAUUCUGGGCCAUUCGCUCGGGUGCUCUCUGCCUCAGUUUCCCCACCCGCACAGUGAGAGGGUUGGACUCUAGGCCUCCAGAGUCCUUCCUAGCUCCCACCCUGCGACCCCAUGCCGCGGAAGCCCAUCUGUUCAGGAUCUUGUGAAAUAGAAUCCCUCGUUUCAUUUCAGCCCAAUAGUGUCCAUAGCAGCAGCUGGCCGUCCACAAUCCCAGCCUCAGUGUGUCCAGCCGGACAUCGUCCUGCCAUUUGUUUACAUGAGGGAAGGAGGGAGCUGAAGGGCAGUGUCAGGGCUCUUGGCAAAUGUGAGCCUGCCGAGGGUCCGGUUGGUGGCUCAGUGAGGCCCUCGGUUUCUCCUCUUGGCAGGCUGCCUCGUGGCCACUUCACACGUGGGCAUCUCCACUAGGAAAGGGACGGAGGAGGUGCAGGCUCAGAGUCAGUUUGGCCACACUCUGACGGGAAAGGAGGUUUAAAAAGGAAAACUGGGACUCGAGGUUCCCAUUCCAAGGAGGUGGAGCGUCCUUGUUUCUGCUCAGCCAAGCAAGGGGUCGGCCUUGUGUCCAUUGGGGGAAACGGUGGCAACCGAAAUUCCUUCCAGUCCACCCAGGCUGAAUGCAAGUUUGGCCUGGCUGUCACCAGAGACCGCCCACCGGUGGGUCAUUGUCAAAGGCCUGCUUGAGCCUGAUCCUUAGGGAGCAUCUUUAUCUCCAGGGGAUGCCCUCCUGGCUCAGCCUGCUAGAACCAAGAGAGCUGAGCAGAUCCCCCACCCUGCAGCUGCUGCAGAAUUGAAGUUAGGCCUCCAGGCAGCCUGUGACCAGGGACUGCCCCUUCUCUUGCUGACCUCUCUCUGUGCUUCUGUCUGCUGCCUCCGUUUACACUGCUCUGUGUCUGCUGUGCUGCCCUGAGCUUUUGUGCGCCCUCGCCACGCAUGCCCUGGGCUUUUCUAACCUCAAUAACGUGUCCUCUGAGUUUCUCCUCUGACAUUUCCUGUUAGCUGUCUGCACCAUCCUUGCAGGGUCAGUGGCCCUGACAGCUCCCUUGGCUGCUUUCCUCCAAGAGGCUGAGAAGGGAAUGAUGGGAGACAGCCAGGCCAAUGCUCUCCAGACUCUGACCUGAAUAAUCCUCUUAGUCCUUAGCCUGCCCAGAGGCUUUUAUCAAUCUACACCUUCCCAUCAUGUCCCAAGUAUGUUUCCAACCUCUUUGGCGGACUCCUGGCUGGCUGAAAUCCCCCCGAGAGGUCUUCAGGCCUCCCUCUGCCUGCCAGUCUUCUAUCCCCGUCCCCAAAGCCAAGCAUCCAUCAGGCCCAAAUCAUUCUCCUCCAACAGCACUACUCCAGCGCUUUCCUUUUUCAUGUUGGCAUCCCAUUCAUUCAUGAAUGUCCUCUCCCAACCCUGCCCAGCAAGCUUUCUCUUCCAGCAGACAGGAAGAGCAUUCGCAACACUCUGUGCCCAUGUUCCGUGCCCACACCUGAGCCAAGGGAGGAGCAGGUUCUCGUCUCCCCACGGCUCAGUGUGGCCCUCACGGCACACUGAGUUGGAUUAUUUCCAUUCCAUCCAUUCCAUUUUGUGUAUCUGCUCGGUUCCACUUGCCUCACUCUGCAUCUGUUCACGUACAUCUGCCCAGACUUCUCUGAAUUCCUCGUUCUUCCUCUCCUGGGGAAUGCCAAUCUCCCAUUAUAUUCUCGGACCACGAUUUAUGGAGCCAUUCCACAGCUUUGUUCCUCUUCCUUCCCCUCAGAAAAAAGUAGUGCCCCGACAGUUUGGGGUGUCUAACCCCGCUCUUCCCUGCUUCUAAACCCCGUUAGGACUCCCCUCCAUCACCUUUGUCCCAAGAGUCCUGUUGGAGGAAUGGAGAUUGAGUCGGUGUGCACCGUCCUUCUUCUGCAGGUCGCCCCUCCUCUGAGCUUCACUCUGACCGUGAGCGUUGGGGCUCCAGAGCCCUUCUUUGAUUUCUGACCAGAUUCUAGACUGCUUAGUUGGAGUCCAGGCUCUUUGCCUAGGUUAGCCUCGGUUAAUGGAAUCUGCUUUUUUCUUCCUUUCUGGGAAUCUGGACUUCUGCCCAUCCUCUGCCAGCUCCCAUUCCCUCCAGGUUUUCAAGUCUCCCUGUCACAAGUCACAAGAGUGGCGCAGUGGGCGAGUUCUUUGGGGGUUCCCAGGCUAAAGCUCCCAGCGUCUCCAGGAGUACAUUCCCAUUGACCCUCCGACUUCUUUCCUGGCUUAACUGUGCGCCAUCCAUGGCAGGGGUAGUCGUGUAGCCUACAAACAAACGGAGGGCUGCUGUAGGCACAGAAUACGUGGGAGGCCCCUGGAUGGUGCUUCAUGAGUACAUGGCGGCAUAGAGGAAGAUGGUAGCUGGAAUGGGGGAGCAGGGGCAGAUUCCAGGUCUCCUCUCAGCCCUCCCCUGGGCCUCUUCCCAAGAAGACCAGUCAGGAUGAGGGAAGUGCCUGUGGGUCACCAAGCCUCCUGCCCUCUGCCCACAUCCCUGGGAGGUCAAGCUGGGCAGAAAUGUCCCCAUUUUACAGAUGAGAAGACAAGCUAAGAGGUGAGGCGACUUUCAUAGGUAACCCAACUAGCAUGUGCUAGAGCCUGGCUCGGCUGAGCUCAUGGGAGGCUUUCAAGGGAUUCCCAGACAGGGGCUGCUUGUACCAGCCGCCCGGGGUUCUGAUAGCGGGUGGACCCCUCCAUGUCGGCCAACCUCAUUGAUCAGGCAAGGAUUGAUCCCGGCCCCCGCGUGGGUUGUCCUGGGUGCAGAAAGGGCCUUCUGGGUCUGGGCUGCCCUUCACCCCCGGCCAGGGCGAGGACCCCCGCCAUGUCGCAUCCCUCACAAGGAAGGGAAUUUCCCAGCCUGCACCAGGGAUGAGCUUCUGCUUCUCGUCGUCAUCGUCGCUGCGAGUGUUAUUUUAAACUGUCUCUUCUCCGUGGUAAAACCCGAAACCAGAUUGUUUACGUGACGUGUGCGGUUUUCUUUUUUAAACACUUGUGUACUGUAAGCGGGAGAGGGCGGCUGGCGGGCCCUGCACGUGGGGGAGGUGGCCACGGGGCCCAGAGCAUCUUGGAGCCCAGGUUUCGUGCCUUAGGACGGCCCCGCCCCCUUAUUUAUUCUCUUAAUUUAUAGUGGUUACCACGGAAACAGAUGCCUCUUGUAUUGAAUGUACAUAGUUCACAUCUGGCUGUUGUAAAUAAGUUGUUCUUGUACAUAAAGGAAGCUUGUUUUCCAUCCUC